UGAUAUGUUUUGACGUUUGUUUAUUUUUAUUUUUUGCGAUGGUGUAAGCGGUAAUAAACGCUAUAAAAAUGCUAAUAUUGUAUUCUAUGGGUGUUCUAUCGAUUUCCUAGUGAUUUUAAUUUACAAUAUGUGCUCCAAUAUGUAUAUUUUAAGAGCUAGCUGACCAAUGAAUUCACUUUUUACAUAAUUAAAAUUUUAAUUAAUAAAUAUUAUGGAACCGGAUGUGACUCAGGCUGGACCUAGCACAGCAUCCGAUUCAGACAAUGAAAAAAGAACAGCUGAAGAUCAGUCCCAAGUUCAACCUCCUCUAAGUCCAAAUGCUUUAAAAUGUGCUGCAGCUGACUGUCUAAAUAGUUGGAUAUAUUAUUUACAGAUGUUGAAUAGUGUUUGCGCAGCUGGACUGCGUCUAUCUCAUUCACUCAGCGCCCUAAGCGGUUCACAAAAUGCCGCCCUUUCUAGUCAGUGCACUCAGGCGUGGGACGAACUGUCCAGAGCCACGGUGGCGGCAACGCACAGCGUACGAGCCCACAUCGCUGCUGCUAUGCAGGACAUGAGCAUUGGCGAAACAUUUACCGGGGAAGAUGCACAACGCCAACACGACCACAACCAACAAAUCGUUGCUGAGAACUUACUGACCUUUAUUAAUCUACACUACCAGUUUAACAUUGCCGGCUGUGAAUGCUUCGGAUCAAUGGCAAUGUGUCCCUCUUGUAACACCACCCCAGGCGGCAUUCACAAUCCGGAAUGCAGUAUGGGCGUGAUGCAACAACUCUUUGCCCGUCUGUACCAACACGAACACGACUCCCGAUCUCAAAUGUCCAGUCCACAUUUUGGCUUGGGCGGAGCAAGCGACAGUCCAAAAAGCGGUCAGGAAACGGGAGGCAAAGACACCACUACCCGACACAGCCCUCUCGCUGAAGCAAAUCUGGGAAGGGGCGCGUCACCUUAUCAGGAGCAACAGCCACAUCGUGGACCUAGCCCUAUACACGGAUUUCCUGAAGCCACCAGAGCGAUGGGGCCGUUGGAAACACUUAAAGGUCCAUUUCCAACGCCUGGUCAGUUACACACCAUGAAAAUGCCGUUUCCAGGUCGUGGUACGUCUCGGUCGCCUCUCCACUUUCCUCUUUUUCCUCUUAACUGCCAACGGCGGUGGUCGGAAGCUGCUGCAGUGGACGUGGGACCCGGCGAUUCUGGUGAUAGUCCAAUGCGUCGUUGGUCUAUGCCGUGGGAUUGUGCCUGGCCUCCAGCUUCCGACUCAGGCAACAAUAGUAGCGUUGCAGGUGGUACAAUUCAGGGUCACGGUCGUUACGGGUUUCAACCACCCUCUAAACUCGUUGUACCGACUUCUAUGGCUUCGCAGGAGCGAAGCAGGAGUACGACACCAGAAGCGGCUCCCACUAUUUCUCCUGGUACUAUCUCAAGUGGAGACGGUUUGGCCGAGGCCAUUCAACUCUUAUCGUGUCGUCCGACGAGACAAAGCAUUCCACAGACCGCCCUACCCGGUCACCCGUUACCAGGAUUCGUACCACCUUGGGCCGAGUCACACGAAGAGCGCAUGCACAGACGCAUGUAUCCGGGUCCCGCAUCACAAAGAGGCAAUUGGCAGUCAAUUGACGUACCACAUUUGCCAAGUGGUAGUGGCAUGUCAGUGACCGAACAUUAUGACAUUUUUCCACCGACCAUUCCCCUAACGUCACGUAAAAGCAGCUCAUCUACCGAUUCUUCCUCGUGUCUUUCUAUCCACAGUAGGUCUACAACGAGUUCAUCAGAAAGAGGUUCUUGUAGCGAAGCUAGUGGUCCAGAAGCAAUAAGACUGCAUCAAAAUCUGUACUCGAUGUGGAGCGGUAGCGAACAUUUGCCGUUCAUAAGACUGCCCGAGUCGCAGGAGCCCCAGGACGACAGCGAUACUGACGACCCGCCGACUGAGAAAAGCGGGGGUGCGUCGCCGUUUCCAAGACCCACCUAAGAAAUAAACAAAUGGUACAUGUACUUUUGUCUGAAACAAAUUUCUCUUUAUCACCAUAUUCAAAAAAUACGAUAAACCUCUUGGUGAUGUUAAUAGGUUAUUGUUUUUUUGGAAAUUUCACCAGAUAUAUUUACAAUGGAGGCUUUAAUUUUAGAAUAAAACUUAAAGAUUUGCAAUGCAGCGAAAAUACACAUAGCUUAUUUAAUGAAUACGAUAUCUUUCCGAAUGAUACAAGUCGCGAAAAAUACAGAAAAUAUUUUAUAUAAUUUAUUUACUAUACAUUAGUAGAAACCCUCUACCCCUCCUCCGAUACACUGGACUUGAAACAUUGUUUUUUGUUGAAAAUUUACCUAUAUUAAAACGGUAGAUUUUUGGAACAAGGAAAAUAUGUAAAUCUAAAAUAAUAUUGAACAUAUUAUUAAACUUGAAAAAAAGGAUGACUGUUCAAAUCAAUUCUAUACAGUGGUAGUUAUAAUUAUAGCAACUUGUUAAAAUAUAUUAAAAAUAUGAGCUGUACUACUUGAAUUAUAUACUAGUUCCUAUAUACCUUGAAGCGUAUUUCUUAUUUUUCAUUGCUCUCCGUGAAUUUAAAACGAUUAUUUAUUAGCAAUAUAUUGCUUAUUCUAAUUAUUUAAUCAUUGAUGAUUGGUAAGACUAAGAAAAAUUAUAAUUCUGCGUCGCCAAGGCCGAGAGAAACAAGAAAAUAUGGCUGAGUUUUCGACUGAAGUCGAUCAUUUCCUGUAUUAUUAAAAAAUUUAGAGAAACUGCCCAAGUGGUAGCUAGUACAAAAUUUGUCGGUGACGAAAUGACGAUCAAUCGAAUAUCAAAAAAAAUUCUCUUAUCGUCUACUGAAAUUGAAACCAAUUUGGAGGAAAUGAGAUUUCCUUAAUUCAAAGACUACCACGAAAUGGUUAGUGGAUCGUGGUCCGUUUGAUUCCAGACCUAAAAGAAAAACCGUGGUUUAUAUAAUAAAAAUUUGAAAGUCUAAUUGUGACUUGCAUAGGAUCACAGAAAAGCGGGAAGGAGUAGACUAAACUAAAAUUGUAACGGAUUAGUUAAAAGACUAAAGCAUCGGUGUUUUGUCUUGUCCUUCUCCAUCUCCAGAUAUCAACCUUAUAGAAAAUUUACGAAUUUAAAUAAACCCAUCAUAGCAAUUCAAGAAGCAUAUAUAUAGAUUUGUUGUAUAUAUGUUAUAAUAAUGACAACUACUGUAUAUAUUAUUAUUUUAUAAUAUUACAAAUAUUUUGAAUAUAUCAAAAUUGUUUCCAAUUUCUCUCCUGGAAUGAUAUUUGAAACUCUAGAUAAAUUUUCGAUGUUCUUUUUUAUAAUCUACGAUAUUAUAGUCAUUUUUGAUAAUUAUCAUAUACAUAAGUGUUUACUCAAUGUCAUAUACAAUUUCGUUUUUUACAUACUUAUAUGUAAAUGUAAUGUUUAUUCAAGGCGUUGUGGAGACUGUAGUCGUGUUGUUGAAACUUCAACAUUUUUAGUAAACAUCAAAAUUACUGUGAAAUUGUAGUUCUGACUAAUAAAUUUAAAUUUAAUUUAUUUAUAUUGAGAAAGCAUUUCAUCUUUUAUUUGGUUAAUCGGAGUAUUGAAAAAUAUGUGAUUUAAGCAAGAUUUUUGAAUUUGGUCUACUGCUUUAAAACUCUCAAUAAUUGAUUUUAGAAUAUUUAUUAUUCUCAAUGAAAAUUAUGUUGAAAGACAUGUUCAAAUCGAAUGUUAUUAAUUGGAAUAAGAAGUUAUAAAAUCUAUUAUCUAUUCACUUCACUGUAAUUGUCAACCGUAAAAAGAAUGGGUCCAAUUCUAUAUCUUGAGGUAAUAUUAGGAUUAUUGUUAUAGCAACUCAGUAACUGAAAUUAUUAUUAAACUAGUUGUAGGGACAAUUAUCGAUAACACCAACUUUGUUAUAAUUACUUUUUUAAACUUGAAAUCUCUAUUGGUGCUAUUUUUAAAAAUUUAUUUCAUAAUGUCUUCUCAGGAAUGUUAAUGUGAAGUGUUUAGUAUCAUCACUCAUUGAAUUUCUAUGAAAUAAAUUCAUUUAAUCCACUGAAAUCCAUUACAUGAUUUUGUUCCUGAGAAAAUGUUCUCUCUAUAUCUUCUAUACAUUCUGAUUGUGACCAAUAUGUUGUAUAAUGAUUAAACUAAAAGUGUAUGUCUUGCCUGUUACAUUUUUGUUGUAGUGAAAUUUAUUGAAAAACAUCUCAUCUUUUAAUGUGUGUAUGUGCCAAAACAUCAAAUUGGACUUUUGUCAUAUAUUUCACUUACAUUCUUAACCUGCAAUUUUUUAACAUUGUAAUAAUUUUUUAUAAUCAGUGGCUAAAUAAAGUUUUUACAAUU